GAAGGGAAGGAGGCAGGAGAGCCAGAAGCGGUUGAGACUGGUUCUUAUAAAUAGCCCAUUGCACUAGUGCCUCCAAUUUUGACCUUUUGUUAUGUAAAUGUGGCCAGCCUGAGAAGGGCCUUGCCCAGGCCUCCUGCCACCGUGCGUGCCUGCCUGCCAGGAAUUAUGUGCCUGCCACCAGCCCCCCCCACAGGCCUAGGUGGCCCUUAGAGUACCCUAAAUCUUCUGGGUGGGAGGACCCACAGACCUGUGACCUUCCCUGCAACUGGGCCUGACUGCUGCUGGGCACUGUGGCUGCUGUCCCCUGCCUGGCUGCCCCUGGCGUCCCAGCCAGAGAGACCCCAGACCUUCCUGGGAGUGAGGGCUCCAGGACCACCAGGUGCCUUCCCCUUCACUGUCCCUCCUUCCCUCCCUUGCUGAUUUCUAUCUGGGUGACCCUGUCCAUCUUCUCCUCCCCAGGUGACCAGGCAUUGAUGCACCCCCAGGGAGGCCACGCGCUCAAGGAGGCCACCCCCGCUGGCUGCUGCUCACAUGGUUUCUGGGCCCCUGGCACUCCGGUGGUACGCGUGGGCGGGGCGUGGGGACAUGGGGCCCGACAUGGAGCUGCCCAGCCACUCCAAGCAGCUCCUGCUGCAGCUGAACCAGCAGAGGACGAAGGGCUUCCUGUGUGACGUCAUCAUCAUGGUGGAGAACUCCAUCUUCCGCGCCCACAAGAACGUCCUGGCUGCCAGCAGCAUCUACUUCAAGUCCCUGGUCCUGCACGACAACCUCAUCAACCUGGACACGGACAUGGUCAGCUCCACGGUGUUCCAGCAGAUCCUGGACUUCAUCUAUACGGGCAAGCUGCUGCCCAGCGACCAGCCGGCUGAGCCCAACUUCAGCACUCUCCUCACUGCCGCCAGCUACCUCCAGCUGCCCGAGUUGGCAGCGCUCUGCCGCCGUAAGCUCAAGCGAGCCGGCAAGCCCUUCGGCUCCGGUCGGGUGGGCGCCACCGGCAUGGGGAGGCCGCCCCGCAGCCAGCGGCUGUCCACGGCCUCCGUCAUCCAGGCGCGGUAUCCCGGGCUCGUGGACGGACGCAAGGGGGCCCACACCCCCCAGGAGCUCCCCCAGGCCAAAGGCUCGGAUGAUGAGCUCUUCCUCGGAGGCUCCAGCCAGGAGGGUGUGCAUGGCCUGGGCCGGGCCGUCUGUCCAGCCAGCGGGGAGGCCGGCCUGGGAAGCUGCAGCACCAAUGGGAGCAGUGGGGGCUGUGAGCAGGAGCUGGGCCUGGACCUGUCCAAGAAGAGCCCUCCCCUGCCCCCUGCCACCCCUGGGCCCCCCCUGACCCCUGACGACCCGGCCCAGCUGAGUGACAGUCAGCACGGCUCGCCCCUCUCAGCCUCCGCCCCUCCUGUUGCCAAUAGUGCCUCUUAUGCUGAGCUGGGGGGCACCCCCAAUGAGCCCAUGGAUCUGGAGGGGGCCGAGGACAACCACCUGAGCCUGCUGGAGGGGCCCGGGGGGCAGCCCCGGAAGAGCCUGCGGCACUCGGCCCGCAAGAAGGAGUGGAGCAAGAAGGAGCCCAGGGUGGGGUCCCCCUUUGAGCGGAGGGAAGCAGGGCCCAAGGGCCCCUGCCCAGGGGAAGAGGGCGAGGGGCUAGGGGACAGGGUUCCCAAUGGCAUCCUAGCCAGCAGCAUUGGGGGGGGUGGCCCCAGUGGGCCCUACGUGGAGCCCCCAUACCCCUGCAAGGAGGAGGAGGAGAAUGGCAAGGACGGGAGUGAGGACAGCGGGCAGAGUGGGAGCGAGGGGGGCAGCGGCCCUGCUGGCACGCACUACAUGUACCGGCAGGAGGGCUACGAGACCGUGUCCUACGGGGACAACCUGUACGUGUGCAUCCCCUGCGCCAAAGGCUUCCCCAGCUCGGAGCAGCUCAACGCCCACGUGGAGACGCACACGGAGGAGGAGCUGUUCAUCAAGGAGGAGGGUGCCUAUGAGACGGGCAGCGGGGGUGCCGAGGAGGAGGCCGAGGACCUGUCGGCUCCUAGCGCGGCCUACGCAGCCGAGCCCCGGCCCUUCAAGUGCUCGGUCUGCGAGAAGACCUACAAGGACCCGGCCACGCUGCGGCAGCACGAGAAGACGCACUGGCUGACCCGGCCCUUCCCCUGCAACAUCUGUGGCAAAAUGUUCACGCAGCGCGGCACCAUGACGCGCCACAUGCGGAGCCACCUGGGCCUCAAGCCCUUCGCCUGCGACGAGUGCGGCAUGCGUUUCACCCGCCAGUACCGCCUCACCGAGCACAUGCGUGUGCACUCGGGCGAGAAGCCUUACGAGUGCCAGCUGUGUGGGGGCAAGUUCACCCAGCAGCGCAACCUCAUCAGCCACCUGCGCAUGCACACCUCCCCCUCCUAGAAGCCAAAGACCCUUCUCCCCGGCCUGACGGCGCCCUCUGCAGACUCGCCCUCGGGGGCCAACGGAAGGAAGGAAGGAAGAAGCACGGGGGCCGGGCGGGAGGGGCCGGGACCCCGAGGUCCCCGUGGGGGUGGCUCCUGGUGGCACCUGCAGCCAGUCCCCCCACACCCAGAGCUUUAAUGGACAGUCUGUACCAAGGGAAGCGAGAGGAGGGAAGCCGAUGGGCCUGAGCUCCGAGUGCGCGUUGCUGGUGUGCAGUCUACCUCCCGAUUCCGCCCCGGCACCCGGCUCCCUGAGAGGGUCACUGCAGGGCCUGUGGGAGUGGGUUACGGGGGUCUCGGUGGGACCUGGCCCCUUUCCCGCAGGCCGGGUCGGAGCAGGGGGCAGUGGGGGCCUCCCCCGCUGGGGAGGAGCAAGGCUCCCCGUGGCCAGGGGUGCUGUGUGCGUGCAUGAGUGCUUGUCUGUGUGCGGGCCACCCCGGCUCUCUGGGGAGCGGUGCUGGUGGGGAGGGGACAGAGCCCUCCUUCCUCAAGCCCGGGGUCACUGCUCACUGGCGCUGGGACAGUCAGGGGGCCCCCACCGCCUACCUCUCCACAGCUAAAGAGCCCUCUGGGCCUGUGUUGCUGUUAUUCCUACUGAUCUGUUCCUUUUUUCUUUUUGAAUUUUGUUUUUUAAACCAAAACCAACAAAAGUUUAUUUUCCUCCCGGCCCCUCGGGGCUGAACCUGGGUCUACAGACUGAAUGUACAGGGGCAGCUGCCCCUCCCGCCCCCGCCCCAGCUGCGGGCUGAGGGGCACCCACCCCUCCAGGCCCCAGAAGCCCUUCUUGGCCAAAGGCUUCCCUGGGCCCCGAGCCCCGCCUCGGCUGCCUCAGGAGAGUGAUUUUCUUAUAGUUUCUGAGGAAUAUUCUUUGUUUAGAGGUACUUCUUUUUUAUUAAGAGAGAAACCAGUGUAACGUUUAUGUGAAUGUUUGAACUGGAAGGUCUGGGAUUUGUGGGGGGAGGGGGGAGGCUGGACUCGAUGCCAGAGCCGUCGGUACUCUUCUUUUUCAUUUCUGUGUGUGUGUGUAUGUAUGUAUGCGGUGUGCGUGGCGCGUGUGGACAGAUAUCGAGCUUUCCUUCCUUCCUUACUGAUCAAGGUGGAGAGACUUCUGACCUUUUGCUACCUCUUUAAUCCACAAGAACAGUAUGUUGGUGGCUGGCAGCUGACGCCGCGACACUUGUUUUCCUCCUGUUAGCGUGCACAGGAAGACGUGCGUUUGAGUGAGCUGGGCUCUGCCCAGCCCAGGGGACCCUCCUGCCGCCCCCCCCCUGCCCCCCCCCCCCCCCCCGCCCAGUGCUCUCAGGGAGAGGCUCUGCGGCAGGGAGUGUGCCGCUCCGCUGGAUGUGGCCGCCCUGCGGGUGUGCGCCUCUGAUCUGGGCCUGGCUGUGGGGGGUGGUGAGUGCUCCAGCCCCAUGGGAGAGCGGGGCGUGGAGCCUCAGUGCCGGCUCCCGCAGCUCCCGGCCAGGGCCAGGAUGAGGUGGAAGUGAGCCCCCCCCCAAUCCUGUUCCUUGGGCCUGCAAGAGCUGGAGCUUGGGAGAACAGCAGCCCCUGCCAGGCCAGUGCAGAGGCGUGGGGAGGCACUGACCAAAGUGAUGUAUACCCCCCCCCGGGGGGGCAGGGAGGGGGCCUGCCCUGCUCUGGCACCUUCUCGGGGCGGUCCUGGCCGCUCUGGCAAGAGGCUGGCUGGUACUGGUCGGCUCGGCCCAGUCUGGAGUCCUGCCCCUCGCCCCUCACCUCGGGGUUUCUCUACCAGCCUUAGGGACCCUUCCAUGGGCCAGGGGUCAGGCUUACAAGGCCAGACCAAGGUCGCCGUGGUUGGCCCCGCUGUCCUUGGCUGGCUGGAGCCACAGGGCUGGGCCAGCGGCUUUAUCUUCAUUUUGCCCCAUGCUUUGCUUUUUUUUUUUCUCUUUCUUUCUUUCUACUUUAAGUUCAGACCAAAAAAUUCCAGAGUCAUCCUCUACCCUCACCCCUCCAGAGACCCUCCAGCUGAAAACAGCCUGAGUUCAGGGACCCGAAUGGUGAAGGGCGUGUUUUGCAAAUGAGGGCUCUUGGCUGAGCCCAUCUCCAGGCGCCCUGAGCCUCAGGUUGGGUCUUAUUCCCUCUGGGUGGGAAAGGAACACUGGACCCAGGGUCUGGUGUGCCCACAUGUCAGGUGAGGGGGAAGCAUCUUCUCCAGGCCUCUCUGCCCUCCCGACCCCACCCCACUCCGUCAGCACUUAAGCCACGUGACACAAAGUCUGUACCUCACGGGAUUUGUACGCAGGCCCAGCCCGUGUGUGGCCUCUCGGCCGUGGGCGGCUGCAUUUAUGAGGUGACCCGUGAGAGUAGAUGAUUCAUUUGCAGAGUUUCAGGGACUGGGCUCAAAGGCCCCUCACUCAACGACGUUCGUGCGACAUAGUAUUGUACCCACCUGAGUAUUGUAUCGAGCCUUUUCUGUAUUUUAACAAGAAAGCAAAACACUAGUUUCCUAUUUAAGAUUUUAAGGGUUUGUGGGGAGGGGUGGGACUAAUUAACACAACAGUUGGUUUUGUUUUCUUUUCUUUUGAUUUCAUGUGGAGUGUGUGCUUGGGAGCGAGUGCUUGGGAGCGUGUUAAGAGCCUCACAAGGAAAUUGGGCCGUUGGAGGCCAAGGGCGGCUUACAGUUCUCUGCUUUAGUCACUUAAUUCCUGAAUGUUUCGGAGAAACAGGAAACAGAAAAUAGCAGAUGUCAUGUAGGAAAGAGAGGAUAAACAAACAAGCAAACAAAAAAAACAAAAACAAAAAAAGGGAAAAAAAAAGCUCAUACCCAAAUUCACAAAACCUAUUUUUUAAACCAAAGCACAUUUUGAAUGAGUAUGGAACCUCAAUGGGCUCAGAAAAAAAGAUACUAAUAUAUUUAUCUCAUUGUUUACAUAAACUUUUACAGUUUCAGACCUCAGCAGCUGUAAGGCCAGUCCCAGUGAAUCCCCCGCCUUCCGCUGGAGGCCCUUCUGAGUCGGCUCACAAACAGAGGGGCAGCUGUGGGGCCGGGGCAGGCAUGGAGUUCCCCCGGAUUCACCUGAGCCCUCCUCCCCAGCCCCGGGCCUCUCAAAGCCCAGCUGGCACCAAAGAGCUUGGGCCUGUGCUGACCGGCCCCCAGGCCUCCUGGCAGGACUGUGGAGGUCCUGGCCAGCUGGCACAGCAGGGGAUGGCCGUCAGCUCUGGCCGCAGGACCCAAGUCUGGGCUAGAGCCCUGGGAUGGAGGGCCCCCAACUCCCCCACUCUGCCCGUGACCCUCAGGGUGGGUUGAUGUGAGGGUCCCUCUCAAGCCAAAAAGCCCCGGGACCUUUGCACAGCUCCGUUGACUCCAGUGGGUCCCCACCCCCAGGGGACACCCCCAACCCUGGCAGUGGGGGGGGGCUUACUGGGCUGGUCCUUACUAACACAGACGGUGCAAACACUCUGAACAGUGUUGUUUUUGUAUCAAUAUGUUUGUGCAGUGAUGAAUGUAUUUAUUUCUCAGACUUGGGGCGAGUGAGCGGCCAGCUCUGCCACCGCUCGCUCCCGCCAGACCGAGCCACCGCAAGGGCUCCUCCAGGAUUGCAAAAAAGGUAAAAAAGAAAAGACGAACCUUUAAGCAAAUAAUCUCAGAGACUCGCAGCAUAGCCAUACACCUCAGCCUGUGAAAUGAACAAUCUGGACCCGGGCGGACUUUUGGAACCUCACGCAGCCGUGUGUGUGUAUUUCCCGUUCGUCACCACUCGGGGGCGCUGGGCUGUCCCGCUGUGCCCCCACCCCAAUCCCGUCAGUAUUCACUGGACUGGGCCGCGUGCAGGAGUGCGAUCUGGGCUGGGCUGGCUGGGCAGGCCGACCCUACCGCCCUCCCCACAGCCGUCCCGGGUGGGGGAGGCCUGGGCAGCCAGGAGAGCAGGGUUCAGGGAAGAGGUGGCUGCAUCCGUCCGCUCUCUAGGCUUGGGGGACGAAAGCAGAGGCACCAGGCCUCCGAAGCACAGACAAGGGAUCUCAGCCCUGCCGUGCCCCUCAGAGGGACCAGGGCCCUUGCUCUCCCCAGAGUCACAUUGGGGCAGAUGGUGCUGAACCUGUGAACCCCAUGUCUGGAGUAACGGGAUGGAGAGGGACCUAACCAGAGCCUCGAUGUGACAUUCCAGAUCAGGGGUUGGAGUGCGCUGUGGGAAUUUAGGCUGCCCAGGACCCCCUUCCUAGGACCCCCCCCCCAAGCUUCAGUCACCACUUUAAUUUUUCUACUGGGAACCCCUCCCCCUACCUCACCUUGCUAUUUAUUGCUGUAAUUUAUUGACCUCAAAAAUGCUGCAUAACAGACCUCACUUGGGGCAGGGAGGAUCCCCAGGGCUCCCCCCCUCCACUUGGCGGGGCCCCGUGGGGCCAGGUGCUGAGGGGAGCCUCUCUGUAUCCCACCCAUCACUUGUUUUCCCCCUCCCCCCCUUGGGGGACCCUAGGUUGGGCACCUGCCCAUUCGCAAAUACCUCGAGGGGGAGGGGGAGGGAUGGGGUUAUAGCUGUUUGAUCAGAACUGGAAGAGGGAUCACGUCCUACUCUAUUCCCUUCCCAGAAGAGGGAGGGACACCGUGAUCGCACUCCUGUACUGGCCACCGCCGCUGUCAGUCAUCACAUUGAGCUCACUUCCUUUGAGAGUUUGGAUAAAUUCAGGUCAGAGCUGCAGGUACGCAGCCCUCAAGUGUCAUAGAAAAGCAAUUCACCGACGACUGAUCUCUCCAUUCAGAAGCGUGCAGUCUUAAUGUACAGUGAUGAGAAACUGUUAUUUUAUGAUCUUUUCAUUAAAAGCUUGAUUGAAAACUG